UUGUAAGGACCGAAAAAUGAAGCCAAGUAAAUUGACUAACAUUUAAUAGCGCAUCUCGAUGGAGGUUCAUCAGGUCCCUUCCAAUCCCAUUCCAUUUCCUGCUUCCCAUCUUCUUGUAUAUUUAUUAAGCUCUCCUUGUAGGCAGGGGCAGGGCAGUCCUACGGCUACAAACAGAAAGCACUGUAAAGAAAAAUAUUUAUUCUCCUAAUUUUCUGCUUCUCCUCCUCCUUCUCCUCCAGCCACCAUGGCCAGCGACGCCCAAGAAUCCACAUCUCAAUACCCUUCGGCCUUGUCCCAACCACCACCACCCAGCGGCCAAGCAACUCCUCCUCCUCAAUAUCAAACUGCAGAGGCAGAGGCAGGCGCAGGGGCGGGGGCUUCUUCCUCCUCCUCUUCCUCAUCAACAUCCUACCAAUACCAUGAAAACUCCGACUCCAAGUGGGGGACUCUUGUCAUGGGGGCACCUGCCGUCCCCACUGGCAAGCCCGGUAACCAAAAGGCAGCUCUGUGGAGUGCCGCCGACGUUAAACCCUACUACCACCACCAUCCCUACCUUCAAUACGACCCUAUCGACAGGACCCCCACCACCAGUCCCAUGGAAUCUAUCCUCCAAAAGUUCAAUACCCAGAAGGCUAAGGGCACCGCCCGCGACAUCUGGCACAACCUGAAAUUGGGGCCAUCCGUAUCGGGAGCAGCUUGGGAUAAAGUGAACCUCACCGCCAAAGCAAUUACAGGAGGCGGCUUUGAAUCUUUGUUCAAGCAGACUUUCGCAACCUUCCCAAAUGAAAAGCUCAAGAAAACGUUUGCCUGUUACCUGUCCACCACCACUGGUCCCGUCGCCGGAACCAUCUAUCUGUCCAACGUUCAUGUAGCCUUUUGCAGCGAUCAACCCCUAUCCUUCACUGGCCCGUCCGGCCAAGAGACAUGGAGCUAUUACAAGGUUAUGGUGCCUUUGGGGAAGAUCGUGACCAUCAACCCAGUAGUGAUGAGGGAAAAUCCGUCGGAGAAGUAUCUGCAGAUCGUGACGGUGGACGGCCAUGAUUUCUGGUUCAUGGGCUUCGUCAAUUAUGAGAAAGCAACUCGUCAUAUCUCCGAAAGCCUUGGCAGCUUUGUAGCACCUGGAAUCGCAGUGGAACGCUUUGCUGGGAACGCCUAGCAGCAGCUGCGUGCUUCAGACUCGGACACACACCCACAGUGCUCCCAAUCCUCCCUUUAUGUAUUAUUGUAUUGUAUUAAUGUAUUUUGAUUUCCACUCAACACAGUCACACGCACACACACAGAGAGCAUUUGUUGCUAUAUAUGCUGAUUUUUUUUUCCAGGAUUAUCAAGUAUUUUAGCCGUCGCUCAAGUUUCUUUUC